AUGCUGGGCGAGGGUGCGCAAGACGAAGAAGCAGAACACAAAGUUUAUUUGAGCGACUCGGUACCAAGUUUGCUUCCACACGUACCACCCGAUGUGCCUGUGACGUACAAACAUCUGUUCAGUACGAAUUUUGAGCCGGCCAACCCGCUGCGUGUAAUUGCACACUGCGAUGUGGAUGCAGCGUACGCGCAAUUAUCGCCGCUUGCUCCUGGCGAUGUGGAGCCUAAGCAUUAUGAGAAUCCCAACCCAAAAACACACAAGAUAUCUCUUGAUAUGUAUCGCCGCGAAUCUAAGAAGAUUAUGGAUAUUUUUCAGCGUCGCGUCAACUCCGGUGCCACCACGGGCGUGCGCACACAAUUUGACCUGAACCCAGCUAUUGCAGACUGCUGGACUCCAAUGCCGUUGGAAUUGCUCGACGAACACGAAGGGCAAGAUAUUCUAUUUGAAAAAGCGUCCAUUGACGAGUCCUUUUUUGAUUUGUCUGUCUAUGCGCGGAAGCAAAUUUUGCAUCGAUUCCCCUACUUGGACACGCGCGCCGAGCUGGAGAAUAUGAGUCCCGAUGCCCGCGCCAAAAAACUAGAAUGUUUAUUACCACCUGUUCCCUUGAAUGUAAGGCAGGAGCUAGUAAAAAAGUCCUGGACAUUGCUGGGUGCAUGGUGGCCGUCAGAAUAUACAGACUUGGCGUCGCAGGACACAUUCGGCGAGCUGGAGAAUAUGACUUGGGUCGAUGUUGCACAUGCUUACGCAGCGGAGCGUAUGAUAUCGGUACGCAAGCAUGUACUCGAUAGGCUGGGAUACACUACUUCGGCUGGAAUUGCGAAAAACAAGGCUCUCGCAAAGUUAUGUUCUAAUUUCCGCAAGCCAUGCAGUCAAACGUUGUUAUUACCUCGGUUUGUCUUGCCAUUUCUGCACCCCAUUGCGUUCCAAAAGAUACGUUUUUUCGGUGGUAAACUAGGCUUCGAGAUUGCCCAAGAAUGGCAGCAUACCGAAGUUGGUGCGUUGUGGGAUAUACCAUUGUCCGACAUGCAAAGCCGCUUUGGCUCCGACGGCGUUUGGAUUUACGAAAUGCUGCGAGGCAUAGACCGCUCCCCAGUGAGCUCUCGCUCAGCCAAUCGGUCCAUGAUGUCAGCCAAGAACUUUCAACCUGCGCUGACAGACACUGCGCAUGCACUGCGAUGGCUUUCCAUCAUGUCUGCGGAGCUCAGCGUACGAUUGCAAGAGGAGCGCGAGACGUUUCCACUGGCGUACCCACGAUCUAUUGUACUCCGCUAUUUUGUUUAUGGUGCACUAGGCGCUCGAAGUGUGCAGCUACCGUUUGGAUUUGUGUCUAAUGAUGCACUUGCCAGCGAGAUUUUUCACAAAGCAGAGAAGUUAUGGAAGCAGGGCGUCGGUGAACAGUUAAGCGCAGGCGCAAGUGUUGCUACGCUCUCACUAUCUUUUUCUGGAAUUGAACGGCAGUCGCGCGACCAGAAACAGCUUGACGUUUUUUUCAAGGCACUAUCUCCACGCAAAAAAGCACGCAUAGCACCUGAGACACACACGGGUACUGCAACAACGCCUUCGGACCACGAGGCGCUGGAAACGUCGCAGAUCGAGUUUGCGAAUGAGAAAAUUGCCGAGUUGGCGCCAGUGCAAAGAGCUGCAUCAACGCAGCAAAGUGUUUUGCCCACCGCAGCGUACGACACCUACAAGGACCACGAAACGCAAACGGAAAUGAUUCAAUGGCGCUGUUCGCGCUGCAGCAACAUCAUUGCGAUCCCUAUUUUUGACGACCUGGUCGAUGAGACACCUGACACCAACCAACCGAGCUACCAAAUACUACUGGACCGACUACGUGAGGAACACAGGAAUUGGCACAUGGCGGUCGACCUUGCCGCAGAGCUUGUAGAUACCCCACAGUAA